AUGUCGGACAGUCAUUCAGUGAUGUUCAAUAUUCUUAAAAGAGAUAGAUUAACAUCUCCCAGCAGCAAUUUGAAAUACUCCAGUUCUAAAGAUAAAUGUUGCACUCCAGUAUUUCUGGACAGCAGAUGCAAUGCUUCAGUAAAAGAUCCUGAUGUAGAGGACAAGGAAGCACUGAAUGUAACAAGUUUAUCAUUGGUACAAGAGCAUUCUGAGCACAUUCGUCCAAAUGCCAUCUUUCCUGUGUCAUCAUCUAUUGAACGUAAAAUGAGUUCUAUCUCCUUAUCAGAAAGAAGAGAAGCAAAUAGAAGCGCGGAUUAUUUUGAAACUCCUAAAGUGAGUCGAAAAGGCUCCUUCCUACGCAGGAGGCUCCUUUUAUCUAAGACUGUUUCAGCUGUUACAACUACAGGAUGCUCUGAAAUACAAGCUGGUUGCUCAGGAAGCAGCGAGAAAAAAUUUUUCUCUUGUGUUUUGACCUCCAAAGAAAAACUUGCACAAAGUGCUUUAGAUUCUCCAAAAGAUAAACGUUACAAACCUCUGACAACUAGCACCUCAAAAACUGAGGACUCUAAUCCUGAUUGCCCAAAACGAAGACUUUCCUUUUCACAACAAAGAACUUCCACGCUAGAUGAGUCCAAAUGUAAGGACACCUUAUUGCUAGAACCAGAAUGUUUAUCUCCAAUUCAGUGUAAGGAUGUUAUUGUUAGUAACGCUGAUGAAUUAAAUGAAAGUGCCCUUAUGACUGUUAGUGAUGGGUCACUUAGGACUCCUACCUACAGUCUAUUACCUGAGGCUGAUAAGGGUGAGUUCCUGACUUCUAUCAACAGGCUUGUAGAGAACUUAAGCUUUGAAAUAUGCGAUGCAAACUAUUCCUCUGUUAAGCUGGCAAGUUACCCAGAUCAUUCAGCGCCUGAGGACAGUGGAUAUAAUUCACUUUAUUUGGACAAAUCGGGAGACUCAUUGUCUGAUCAUGAGGGAUCUUUCCAAGAGUUCUUCCAAAAAUGUAAAGAAAAGUCCAACAUACUGGAUAGUAAAAGAAAGACAAGAAAACUUGAACGAGUUAGAAAGUUAUCCACGCUUCGGGAACAGGGCUCACAGUCGGAGCCAGAAGAUCACCGUGACAACUCUUCUACUUCAGAAUGUCUGUUAACAGAAGACACACACUAUGCCAGUGAAGACCAUGCAUUUUUAGAACGGUCUAGUAGAGACCUAGGUGUAAGUCAUAGAGAUCUAUCGAGAACUCCAGCUCUCAAAAUAGCCCAUGAAACUUGCUUGCGAAAACGAAGAUCAGACCAGAAUCAAAUAUCGGGGAUUAUUGAUGAAACAGAAAUAUCUGCAUUAGAAUAUGUUCUUGCUGGACUUAUUGGCAAGAAAAUGGGCCUUGAAAAAUUAGAUAUUUUAACAGAAUUAAAAUACAGAAAUUUAAAACAUGUUCUUGCUAUAGUUUUAGAUGCUUUGACAGUGGAAAGUCUGUGCAGUGUUUGGAAAGUAAGCAAAAACUGGCGUGAAAUCAUUGUACAAGAUAAAAGUGCAGAUAAGAGAAGAAAGUUAUAUAUAAAACACCUGAAAGAAACAGCUGGGGAAAAUUUUUUGAACACUGAAGAUGCUGCUACAAGACUUAAUGUUCUCAGAUCUGCUCUAAGGCCUGUUCAAGCUCAAGCCAGAACUCCUGUAGUACAAACAACACCUUUAUACACGGAACUUGCACUCAGGAGAUGCAGUUCUGCUCCCCAUUCAACUAGUAGACAGGAAGAAUACAUAAAAGUUGCUAAAACUCUCUUCACUGAUGAAGCUCUAAAACCCUGUCCAAGAUGUCGGUAUCCUGCUAAAUAUCAAUUGGUAAAGAAAUGGGGACUAUGUAGCAGAGAGGCAUGUGCGUUUGAAUUCUGUAUUUCAUGUCUGCGUGCUUUCCAUGGGUCAAAAGAAUGUAACACUUCAUCUGCAAAACGGAAGAACAAAAAAGAUGCUCCUCCAGGAAGUGGCCAAAGCAAAAGAAAUUUGAAAAGACUCUAA